UGCACUUGACUUGAUGUGCGUAUGCGUUUGUUUAUGGGUGCCUGCCUUUCGGACGUUCCCUCUCUUACACACUCACUCGAUCGCAGGACGCACACACACAUCCAUCGCUUGUCAUCUGGCACCUUUCCCACCACACCCACCACACCCCCUUACUUGCGCACCGACCCUAUCAGCCAGCCAGCCAGCAAGCCAGCCAGCCAGCCAUGCAGGCCCAUCCAUCCUAUUGGCAUCGCAUCAUGCGAGUGUGUCACUACAUAAACACCAACCAACCGAGAGAGACAGGUCGACUGACUCCACCACACACAGAAUUGACAGCAAGCAGUGAGAGAGAAGGUUCGUUCGUAUGGAGUGAGUGGAGUGGGUGGCCGAGCGGGUUGAAGAUAUGAGUGGGGAACGUAACGCGUAGAUCAACAACACACACAGCAGCCAGCCAUUCGUGUGACCGUUUUGCCCCUCCCUCCAUCCAUCCAUCCACCCGUCGCUCCCUGCUCAGUUGCGAGCAGAGAAGGAGAGGCCAGGGGAAUCUGUGCAGUCAUAUGCGCGUUCUCUGCCUCGAUACUCCUGAAUAAACCCGUGUGGAUAAGAAAAGUACCUCUACGCUCUCUGUCUGUCUGUCUGUCUGCCUGUCUGAUGGGCAGAAAGACAACUCGGAUCAACGCAAAACGUAGGAAGUAAAAAGCAAAAAUUUAGCAAGAGUGGUAGAAACAGACAGAGACAAAGAGAGAACGCCCGAAACAAAGCACCCCAAAUCGGAAAGAGCGACAGAGAGUGUCAACGACGCAACCUUCCAGCCCCCCGUUCCUGCCACGCAUCGCCGAACCAGCCAGCCAGUCGAGUAAGUCAGUGGGUCAGCCCAUUUCUUGCCCCUUCGGCGGGUCCAGCAAGCCAGCUCAUUCAAUCCAUCAAUCCCUCCCUCCAUCCUGCCCAAAUCGACCGGUCCCCUGUCGUCCCCCCCAUCGCUGCCCCCUCGCCGCCCCCUUGCCGGCAGCUCCACAGACCGGGUCCCCCUCCCCCUCUCCCUCUCGCCCCGGCCAUCAUCCAGCACCCACCUUCGCACAUACGUCACGCUGGUGCCGUCGUGAUCAUCGCACAGUGGUAGAUGGGCAUGCUCGCAUCGUCGUGCUCGUCGCCGCGUUCGGCUGAGGCGUCGUCUGGCUCCUCGGGUAUGGGCGGGAGACGGCAUGAUACACUCACUGUGCAGGGGGUGGGGAGGGGGCGGGGGCGCGCUGGGCAGAAGCGAUAAUGGGACAGGUCAUGUUCCGACAAGGGGCCCUGCAGACAACAGACGGAGCACACCACAAGGGCGACAGACAGGUGCAUCCGUGCCAACGUCAGUCAGCCGAUGGGUGGAUAUGCCUGCGUGCGCUGCACUGCGCCUUGGCUGUAUGCCAACCUUUCGGACUCUUGAAGGACCAUAUGCGUUUUCUUGACGUCAUCGAAGUACAGCUCCCAGUCGUUGCGCUCGUGGUUUCCCUCCCAAGGUGCGCAUCCCAACUGAGUCAGUCCACUGCUGCAGAGGGAAGAGACAAAGACAAUAUGAGGAAGGGCGAUGAGUCUCUCUGCCUUGUUUAGACUCACCACCAGCGGGCGUGUGUUGUCGUCUCCGAGCAAAGCGGCAGCCUGGUCACACUCGGCUGCCUUGGCAGCGUAGCCACGACGCCGAAGCUCGUGAGUGACACACCUUGACAACGCCGCCUGUGUUGGUCGUCUGCCGUAUAAGGGACACGUUCUUGCGGCCACUCAGUCAGGGUCUGCACACAACACAUGCCAAACAGCCACACAUGCCAAACAGCCACACAUGUAUGCGGGAGGGGUCGAUAGUUCACCUUAAUUGUCGAACUCGUCGAAGAGGUUGUCGAGCUGCGGUUUUCGUUGACUCGGAUUCAUAGAGUCCCACUCUGUCACACUCUCAGGAACACCGAUGACCUGAAUAAAUGACACAUGGGCAAGGAAGAGAAACCUCGAAAGGAGUACAUAUGUGAUCGCACGAUGUCUCAUUUGCUCACGUGGUGCUUGCAGAUCCAUCCCAAUCCAUCCAUCCAUCCCAAGAGGCCACACAGUGAGGCCGCCCCGCCACCAGUCAGCAAGGGGGCGACGACAACGCUCCGAGAGCGCCUGGUGAAGCGGCGUCGGCAGGCACAUCACCAGACAGACAGACCUGCAACAAACAUACACAAACAAACAUUGCAAACCGGCAGGUCUCUGUCACUCUCGGAUGGAUCUCUCACCGGGCAAAUGACAGCCGUCCGUCGAUGUCUGUCGCUGCACCGCUCACAGCGCUCUGCUCGCCCGCCUCAUGGACGCACUCACUCCCACGUCGGCUGCACUGCGCGACGUGUCCAAGACCAAGGCUGAACACAUAACAUACACAAGGGAGAGAAGGCACUGGCUUAUCUGCACUGUCUUCCUUCUGGCACCGCACCCAGGCGGCUCACCGCACAUCAGAUCUGCCAGAUGACCCUCCUCAUUCACUCAGUCAUGCCCUCGUGUCAUCCUUGGCCGCUCGCGGGCGCUGCCCGCUGACAAACAGACAGAGAGGGAAGGACACCUGCAGUCCGACCAGAUCUCAUCGUCGCCCAUCAGCAGUCUGUCUGCAGUGCUCUCUCUCCUUCGGUCACCUGGUUGGCUCUGAUUCCUUAGGACCCCCGACAACACACAUUUAAGCGCCAGAUCACCGCUCCCCUCAGAAGAUCGUCCGUCACAUUCAAUUUCUGAGCUCCCG